AUGUCGCUGCUCAGGACGUUACAGCAUCAACAACGUGUGAUUACUGUCUUCGCCUGUAAUGCAGGAAAGAUCGGUAGUUCGGAUAUCAUGUUGAAGUUAAAUUACGAACCUUCAUAUAAUUAUAAGGUGCAGGUCACCAGUACCUUCCCUACACGCGAUCAGCUAGUCUACAUGAGUCGUGUGGGGCAUAGGACUUUGAAGAAGCAGAUUCCGACUGUUUCUGAAUUGAUGACGGAAUCGUCGUUCAAUUCUGUCUUCGGCAGUACCCUGAAUGAAUGUUUCAAGCGUGGAAUAUGGAAAGACAGCGAUUCGUGCCUUUGGGUUGAUUGGGAAAAGGAGAAGAUGGGUCUUGGGUUAGUUUCUUUACGAGACACGCUUGCAGCGGCGGGUGAAGAAUGA